UAAACUGUAUAAUGUACAGCUUUCCACAUUCGUAAAUAUAAAAUAAUAAAUAUUCAUCGAAUACAAUUGUAAUAAACACUUGAAAAAUAUGAAUUUACUGUAUGUCUCAAAAAGACAUAAUUAAUGCUAAAAAUAAUCCAGGCACAGGCAUUUCUCCCUAAAUAGAUAUAUUUUUCAAUUCGUCACAUGACCUUGCACUUUCCAAUCAUAAGAAUCGUUCAACGAAUGGUUGCCUAUGUAAUGUAACAUUAUUUUUCGAUUAAUUUGCAGGCCGGUUUCCAAUUCCACAUGGUGCCUGUACAUUUAUGAUUUUUCUAGAGAAAGUCACAAUUUUAUAACAGAAUUGAAUACCGCGUGAAUUAGGGCCACGUGUUAAGUAACAAAGAAAAAGUAAGUCGUCGAGAGACAGCCGUCAGUUUCAAUGUAUUUCGAUCAAGCACGCUAUUAUUGUCAUUUUCAUUUUCAUUUUACGAAUAUUUUAAUAAAUUUUGACAAAUAAUUAUAUAAUAAUCAACGCACGUAAUUGUUUCUUAUUUUCCAAAUUAUAACCUUGGCUUGAUUAGCGAAAUUUUUUACUGAAAACUGAUAAAACAACAAAAAUCUUCAUUAUGUUACUAAACACGUUAUCGUCAUGUUCAUUCUGAAGUAAUCAGAAAAUUAUUUGCAAAGAAUUAUGUUAUUGAAUGUGAAAGGGAAAGUUGCAUCAACGUGACACAGAAUAAAAUUUGAAAAUGAACAAGUUAAGCAGCAUACCACCAAACUUGGAUCUGGAUGAUCCAAGGUUUCGAAUCAAGCCAUAUCAACAGAUUAUUGCUUCUUGCACUGGCGCUUUUAUUACAUCAGUUUUUGUUACUCCUUUGGAUGUAGUCAAGAUUAGGCUUCAAGCACAACAGAAAGCGAUGCUUUCCAACAAAUGUUUUCUUUAUUGUAAUGGUUUAAUGGAUCAUUUGUGUCCUUGUUUGAAUGGAAAAGGUCCGGUAUGGGCUAAAGGAAAUGGAAAGUUCAAUGGCACAGUGGAUGCUCUUAUGAAGAUUAGCAAGAAGGAAGGUAUACUUUCACUAUGGAGUGGUUUAAGUCCUACUCUUGUUCUAGCAGUACCUGCAACUAUAGUAUACUUUGUUUCAUAUGAACAAUUAAGAUUAUAUUUUAAAGAUCAAUAUAAUACCUAUAAAAAAGGAAUUACUAUGGAACAGCCAUUCUGGAUUCCUAUGAUAGCUGGGAGUAUAGCACGUAUUUGGGCUGCAACUUUAGUGAGCCCAUUAGAAUUAAUUAGAACAAAAAUGCAAUCUCAAAGAUUAAGUUACGCAGAAAUUCUUCAAGCAUUGAAAACUGUUAUAAAAUACAGUGGGGUCUCUGGCUUAUGGAUGGGUUUAACCAGUACUCUUCUACGUGACGUGCCAUUUAGCGCCAUUUAUUGGUUAAAUUAUGAAACUAUAAAGCAAAAAUUUCAGACACAGCAGACUUUUACUUUUAAUUUUAUAGCAGGCGCUGUAGCAGGAUCUAUAAACCUGGACGUAGUAGCGGAACGUGGACCGUAAUACGAAAAAUUUAUAUGCAAAAUGGAGUGAGAGGAUUAUUUACAGGGUUAAUCCCGCGUAUAAUUAAAGUAGCUCCGGCUUGCGCGAUCAUGAUCGCGACGUUUGAACACGGAAAACGAUUCUUUCAAAUGUACAAUGCUAACCAAAUACUUCAAUACGAAAGCGACCUGCAGCUCUUAAAGCACAAACGGAAAAGCGUAGAAUGACACAUGUAAUAUUCCAUGCGAUGAUAUAUUAAGAAAGAAACGAAUAAAUUUUAUUUAAAACUUCAUUCGAGAUUUUACUCGGAACUGUGAAUAUCGCCGUAUGCCUUAAACAGUGAUAAUCGUUGCGAAAGCGUCAAAUUUUUCAAUUUUGUCCUAAAAAGGAUUUUGUAGAUAGAUCGAAAUUUGAGUCUCAUAAUCGUCUCUAAUGUAAAAUAACCUUUAUGAUUUCUCUUUCAUGGUGGUUAAUCACGGGAAUUUCACAAGAUUCCCUAGAAUUCCCUAGCGAGAAUUCGAAUCAAGCAAGCGUCUUCAUUUCGAAAAAUCGAUCUUCUCGCUUCAACGAGAUUUUUCGGAAAUUCGAACAGGAAAAGCAACGAUAAAAAUUAACGUGAUUUUUAACGUGGAACGUUCGAGGUUUUAAGGUGCCGAAAGGCUUUCGGAAAUACGUAACAGCAAACGCAUUUAUUAGUUACUGCAGACGCAGAAGCGUUCGGCUAAAUUCGGUUGGUCGAUAAUCGUAGUCGGCGAGAUUCGAGGUGUUGAAAGCGGCGAGCAGUGAGUAGGUCAUUGCGCGGAAGUCGAUCCGUUUCGUUCAGUGGAGAUAGAUUGUCCGUUCGUUCAGCGAUUCAUUCACUAGUCACUCGUCAAUUCAACAUUCCAAGGGCCGGAUCUUCUCACCGUCUCUUCGACAUCGUAUUCUGCUGGUCUCCGGAACUAAGAACUACAUACGGCCGUUGAGCAGUACGGUGGUGAACCAUAGUCAGUCUAUACAGCAAAACCAGACUCUAAACCCAGUCAGUGCUUCUCCAUUGGCGCAGUCCUCGAUUAUACGUAGUUUCCAAACAUCCACGAUCAGUCGUGAUAUCGACUCUGCUGCGAAAUUUAUUGGUGCUGGUGCCGCCACCGUCGGAGUCGCUGGAUCAGGUGCUGGAAUUGGUUCAGUGUUUGGUUCUUUAAUUGUUGGUUAUGCCAGGAAUCCCUCUCUUAAACAGCAGUUGUUCUCAUACGCCAUCCUGGGCUUUGCCCUGUCCGAAGCCAUGGGUCUCUUCUGUCUUAUGAUGGCUUUCUUGCUUUUGUUCGCGUUCUAAGUCAUCAAAAUCGCAUAAAAACACAAUUGUACUAGUUUUAGUGCAUCACUACCAAAGCAGCGUCCUUUGAUCUCUGAGAAGGGAACAUUGGUAGCUGCGUUUGGUGCACGGGAUGCCAUGAAAUCAUUAGAGAUGCUCGAUUAUCCGGGGUAUGCGACAAUGAAUUGAGAAGAAAUAGCGGCUGUACACGUAUGUUUGUAUCGGACCGUCCUUAACCCCUUCGGGAUCUUUCGAAUAAAUCUGUAAUCAUUUCAUGGACUACUGUAAUAUCAUGUAGCGUAAAAAAAUCUCACAUUAUUACAAUAACGUAUUUCAGUAUAAUGAAAAACUGCUAAGAACGUUAAGCGAAAAUUGAAGAAUAAAAAAAAGAAAAAAAUA